GCGCCUCCGGACUCGGGCCGCCGCUGCCGCCGCGUUUGCGCAUGAGGAGCUGGUUGCCGCUGCAGCCGCCUGGAAUUGUGGGGCUUGUGUUUGCCCCUCGGCUGCGGUGAAAAGCCGAAGGUCCUGGUUAUAGUUCUUCAGUACCUGCCUUCAGCUAGAAUGGCUCCUCAAGGAAUACUACUAGGGCUGCUGUUGACUUCCUGUUUCACUCUCUGCCUCAGUUGUCAGAACUCGAAUAAUUUUGCACUCAUCAACACAGAGAAGAGCAUCCACAAGGAAUCAGAGACAAAGGAAACGAGGCGAGAGGAGGAGCUGGACACUGAGGUCCUGGAGGUGUUCCACCCCACGCAAGAGUGGCAGACUCUUCAACCAGGUCAGGCUGUUCCUGCAGGAUCCCAUGUACGACUGAAUCUACAGACUGGAGCAAGAGAGGUGAAACUCCAACAAGAAGACAAGUUCCAAAAUAAUCUGAAAGGAUUUAAAAAAGGCAGAAGGCUAGAUAUCAACACCAACACGUACACAUCUCAGGACCUCAAGAGUGCACUGGCCAAAUUCAAGGAGGGAGCAGAGGUGGAGCAUUCGAAGGAUGAGCAGGCAAGACAGGCCACAGUAAAGCAGUUCUUCCGCCCCAUCGAGGAGCUGAAGAAGGAAUUUGAUGAGCUGAAUGUUGUUCUGGAGACUGACAUGCAGAUUAUGGUUCGGCUGAUAAACAAGUUCAACAGCUCCAGCUCUAGCCUAGAAGAGAAAGUGGCUGCACUCUUUGACCUUGAGUACUAUGUCCAUCAGAUGGAUAACGCACAGGACCUGCUGUCCUUCGGUGGCCUUCAAGUGGUGAUUAAUGGCCUCAACAGCACAGAACCCCUGGUGAAGGAGUAUGCUGCUUUUGUGUUGGGGGCUGCAUUUUCCAGCAAUCCAAAGGUCCAGGUGGAAGCCAUUGAAGGUGGAGCUCUGCAGAAGCUACUGGUCAUCCUGGCCACAGACCAGCCUCUUCCCGCCAAGAAGAAGGUCCUGUUCGCACUGUGCUCCCUGCUGCGCCACUUCCCCUAUGCCCAGCAGCAGUUCCUGAAGCUGGGAGGCCUGCAGGUCCUCAGGAGCCUCGUGCAAGAGAAGAGUGCGAAGGUACUGGCUGUGCGUGUGGUCACCCUGCUCUAUGACCUGGUCACCGAGAAGAUGUUUGCUGAGGAGGAGGCAGAGCUGACCCAGGAUUCAUCCCCGGAGAAGCUGCAGCAGUAUCGCCAGGUGCACCUGCUGCCAGGCUUGAGGGAGCAGGGCUGGUGUGAGAUCACCGCCCACCUCCUGGCCCUUCCAGAGCACGAUGCUCGGGAGAAGGUGCUGCAGACACUGGGUGCCCUCCUGGCCACCUGCCGGGAUCGCUACCGUCAAGACCUCCAGCUCAGCAGGACACUGGGCAGUCUCCAAGCAGAAUACCAAGCGCUGGCCUCCCUGGAACUCCAAGAAGGUGAAGAUGAAGGCUACUUCCGGGAGCUGCUGGCCUCCAUCAACAGCUUGCUAAAGGAACUUAGAUGAGGCCGCCACCGUGAUGCCAGGACUGGACUUGGGAUGCAGUAGUGUGAGCUUGGGUGGCUCUUCAAGGUACAUCACCCAGGAGGGAGGACUUACUGACUGGGGCAUGAGCUUUCUCUGGACAGAGCUGGCUUGGCCAUUAAACCGAUGUGCAGAGUA